CGGGCCCCACACCCAGCAGCUGAAGGACAGAAACUGUGCCCAGAAAGGAGGCUGACUGCGGGGCUGGGUUCUCCGUCCUAAGGAGUGUCCUGCAGGCGCUCCAGCGUGGACUUUGGCUCUGCUGGAGUGUGUCGACGCCCGCGGAGCCCCACCCCACAUCCCGGCCCGUCUUCCCGGGAGGCUCUCAUGCAGCCCCAGUCCCAGGACUGAGAGAGCCGGGGGAUCCUGGACAGAGCUAGGCAUGUGGGGCUACCUGUCCCUGCUGCCUGCCUUCCUGGCCUUCUGGGCUGUCUCUGGCGUCUGGACUGUUUUUGCACUUUCAGUGGCCAAUAAGACUGUGAACCUCACCGAAGGCUUCCCCUAUAUCAGUCUCUGUGGAUCUUACCCGCCUCAGAGCUGCAUCUUCAGCCAGGUGCUCAACGUGGGAGCUGCUAUGGCCGCCUGGAUCUGCAUUCUCCGUUACCACCAGCUCCGGGACUGGGGGGUCGCAAAGUGGCUUAACCAGCUGAUCCUGUGGUCGGGGAUCCUCUGUGCCCUGGGCACCUCCGUGGUGGGAAAUUUCCAGCAAAAGAACCAGCUGCCCACGCACCUGACAGGGGCCUUCUUCGCCUUCUUCGUGGGCAACCUCUACUUCUGGCUGCAGCUCCUUGUCUUCUGGCGAAUGAAGAGCCUGCCCCAGCCAGGGGCUCCCUGGAUCGGGCCACUCCGUCUGGGCCUCUGUAGCGUCUGCACCAUCCUCAUAGUGGCCAUGGUCGUCCUCCACAGCUGGCCGCUGCGCUCCGCCUCCGCCGCCUGCGAGUGGGCGGUGGCCAUGCUGCUUUUCCUGCUCUUUGGCCUCCUGGCUGUUGACUUCUCUGGAUUGGAAGGCUGCACCUUGUGUCUCCAGCAGGGCCCCAGCCUCAGCCCCCCGCCGGCCUCCCCCAUGUUCCUGCAGGCCCAGCUCUGACCCCGGCCUCCCCCUCACGGGAGGAGGAGAAAGCAGCGGCCAAUCCUGGACCUCUCCGCGCCCCCCAAGAUGAGCUGUGGGGGAAGUGUGUCUAUUCACGGCUUGGAACCAGCGGGUGCGCGUGCGCCACGGGGCUGUGAACCCCCGGUCUGCGCCGGCGUCUCGGUGCCUCCUGUCCCUGCCGUCUGGCCCCACGCCUGCAGUCAGGGCCGCCCAGGAAGCGAGAGGCCAAGGCCAGCCAGCCAUCCCUGAUCAAGGCUAUUUAUUAUUAUUAAUUUUUUUUUUUUUUGCCGCCGGCGGAAUCAGAGACACGGACGCAGGCAGGAUCACGCGAAACCAGAAUUCCUUCCGGAGAGCAAAUCCGUACAGAAGGUCGUGGGGGGAGGGGGAGGA